AGCGGACGAUCUAUCGGAUGCGCGUCGGAGUAUAACUAACUAAUUAAAAAUAUAUAAAUAAUAACUUCACAUCGAGUUUGGAGGAUCAAAUCCACGUUGGAUUUUUACUACAAUCAACAACUUAAACUGUCCAUGCAAUAAAAGACACGCGAUAUCUCUGUCUGGUGCUUCGCUGGCUAACUUUGUCUAUCUCUGUGUGUGUGUCUGUGCGAGCCGUGUUGAUUUCGCAUAAAUUGUGACCAUUUUUUACAUAUUUUAUUGCAAGUAAUCGUCGAGCUAAUAAAAACACAAGUGUUUGCCUAACGCCAGCGUCGCUGCUUUAACGUAGUGCCAGUCGUGUACGUAGUGGAAAAGAAAAAUAAUAAGUUGAUUCAAAAUCAAAGAAGGUUAAAUAUAAAUUUGUGAUAUACAUACAUACAUAUAUAAAAUAUUUGCAUUUGCCCCAUUACGACUCCUCAGCCCUGUGCAAUUCUCUAAAUAAAUAUUAAUAAAAAAAAUUAAGAAUACCAAGCAAUAAAUGCAAGCAUAUGUACACAUAAAAUUUUCGCGUUCGUAUUCGUUGUGAAAAAGUAAUUAAAAAACAACAACAAAUUAAUUAUAACUGUGAUUCAAACAAAGCUAAGGUUUUUGUUUUAAAGUAAUAGUCAACAGCAACGACGACAACCGCAACAAGUAAAAAAUUCAUGCUAACUCACUAAUUGGGCUAACAAUUUGUAGACCAACGAUCUUUCACUUCAGUCUUUUCAAUUCUUCUUCGCAAUCGGAAGAAAAUUUGUGCUCGUGACAGCAGGAGCAGUGACAAGGCAAAAACAAAGAAAAAACAACAAAAAAUACAGUUUUGUUUGGAUGGAAAUCAGUUUGGUAAACAGUAAUACGAACUAGUAAGCGAUAAACAACAAAGACAGCGGACCAGACCGGGAGAGCAAAGGAGUCUAAAUUGCGGGCGCCGCUGCAACCAAGCAGCAAGCAAAAAUCAAAGAGCAAACUACAGUGCAACAAAUUUCGCUGGGCGAAAGUACACGAUCGUUGGUCCAACGUCCAAUAAGCUUCUAAAUUUGUACACACAUACACACAAAGAAACGCGCACACACAGUCAGUGUAGACAAAAUGGAGCGCGAAUCGAAUCCAAUGCAACCCAUGUGCCGCUCUGGAUGCGGAUUUUAUGGCAAUCCAGCCACGGAUGGUCUGUGUUCAGUUUGCUAUAAGGACUCACUUAGAAAAAAGCAACAGCCACCUGUGAGCAGCACACCUGUGUCAGUUCCAAGCCCACAACCUAGCCCCACAUUCAGCCCGGCCAUUGCAACCCACACCGCACAGCCCACAGUGCAGAGCUUACAACAGUCACACAUUGAUGUUAAAGAGAAAAUUACUGAGGAUGUUGCCGCCAUUGCUGCUGCAGCUGCUAAAUCUAAUAGCGAAGCCAUCAUAUCGGCAUCCGGUCCAAAUACUUCCACACAAGCAGCUGCCUCCGACGCCAGUGAGCAGGAUGAUAAGGACAAAGAUGAUGAUAAAGAUGGCAAAAAGAAGAAGAAUCGCUGUGGUGAAUGCCGCAAAAAAGUUGGCUUAACUGGCUUCCAGUGUCGUUGCGGUGGCUUGUACUGUGCCGUGCACCGUUACUCCGAUAAACAUAACUGCACGUUCGACUAUAGAGAACAUGGCGCACAGGAGAUUCGACGCAAUAAUCCGGUUGUGGUUGGCGAGAAAAUUCAGAAAAUUUGAAUUGCGUGAUGAGCAUAGUGCCAGUAAAAAAUGUAGCCCUAGAAUGAUAACAACAACAACAACAGCAACUAAUGUAUACAUAUGAACAAUAUGUAUGCAUGAAAUAUUAAUGCUACGCAGAAACAAAACACUAUAUAUAUAUAUACGAUAUAAAACUGCAAAACAACAAUAACAAUUACACAAAACACAUAUACACCAACAGAAAUACACACACACACACACACACACACAUUAUAUCUAUAUAUAUAUAUACAUAUAUAUACUAUAAAUAGUUGUAAUUUUAAUGUAAUUAUAAUGUACACAGUAACAAGCAUACGGAAAAAAUCAAUAGUACAGAAACGUUAACCAAAUACCACGCAAGCAAGAACAGAAACUGCAACAACCGCUUGGAUCAACAGCAGCAAUAAUAGGAGCAGCAGCAUCAUCAGCAACAGCCACAGCUACAGCAACAGCAGCAGAAGCAGCAGCAACAAUAACAGCAGACUACGGAACCAGACGCGUAUUCAGCGCGUUAGCAAUCAUUAGGCGCUGGUUACACCAACAAGCUAAAAUCUAACUAAAGAAUAUUUUCUUUAUUUGCUGUUAUGCCAAAAGCAAGUUGCGAAUUUAUUUAUUUGUAUUCGAAUCUUUGUUCCCUACUUCUCAAAAGCAACUCUAAUCGUAACACAACACAACACAAACGAGAACAAAAAGCACAACACGUAAGGAACAAUUGUUACAAUGUACACGAAACAAGCAAAAUUUUAUGUAGACAACCG